AUGCAUGGGCCAAAGAGCCGGAAGACUCGAGCUUCCCAUGUGCAGCGUGACACACGGGGCGAGAUGCUAAAAAUUCCUGUUCCAGGACAGCCACCAGUUUUGAUUCCCAUCAAAGAGACGGCACCAUACCUUGGAUGCAUCAUGAGCUAUCACAACCUUGAAGACACCACGACAUGGCACAGAGUCAAGUUGGCCCACAUUGGAUUCCUGCGCCUCCGUCGUUGGCUCUGCAACAAGCAUCAUUUUUCAUUGCAACAUCGGCUUGGCUUGUGGCGCACAUGCAUUGUUCCAAUCCUGACCUAUGGAGUUUUUGCUGUAGGGAUAACCGACAAAGGCAUCAAACACAUGCUGACACAACUCAGCACUAUGCUACGACGCAUUGUUGGUGACCAUGCCCACCGUACAGGAAACACCAAUGUUCAGGUUUUUGAAACUUUCAAUUUGCCGCGCCCAGCUGACAUCCUGACGACGGCUGUUGCAACCUUGCAACGGUCCCUUGCCCAGCGUGAACUGAUGCUUGACACUACUGAUGUUGCCUUGCAACUGGAUUGGAAACAUCUUGAGCCCAUGCAUGCCAGCAUCAUGCAAGCUCAGGCUGCCCAUUCCUUGCAUCGUGUUGAGACUGCUCUCUCCGGUGAGGCCAUCCUUCUUGGACCAGAUCGCUGCACGGGCAUCCCUGCUGCCUUGACCAUGCCAACGCUCAGCCAGCAGCGUGUGGACGUAUCAAUGCGAGGCACCACCAUGUUGACUGCAGAAUCCUUGGCCUUGCUCAAAAGUAAACCUUGGGGCAAUCGUGUGCUGCAAAUCAUAGCUGAUGAUCAAUUGGACCAGCUUGAGACCGAACAUGAGGCCUGUGGAUAUCUCUCCAAGUUUUGCUGCUUAUGUGGGCAGCACCUGAACCGGACGCAGGACGUCCAUUUGCAUUUUCGUACAGAGCAUGCUGCAUACUGGACUUGCGUACCGCAGAAAUCAAAGGUGCUCACAAAUCUACAUAGUUCUGAAACACCAUGCCCGCAUUGCGGAGGAUGCUUCAAAACUCACCAGUGCCCAGUUUGGACUCAAAUCUCAGUCCUGUUACUUCACGGUGGAGGACUUCAUGCCACAGAAAGCAGCCAGCCUGCGGCUGUUGCGCGUUGUGACAUCUGCCUGAUGCCUUUCCCUGAUGUCACUCAGCUGAUGACACACUUGCAAGCUGAGCACAGGUUGACGGGAUUUACCUUUAAUGCCGCAAGAGACAGCCUGAAUGCCGAGGCAAUUUGUGCACACUGUGGAGCUGCGUUCUCCUCAAUGGAGAGUUUACGCAGUCAUAUAACCCAGGGCAGAUGCAGUUGCUUUGACUCCCAAGCAGCUACAGAAGUGGCUCCCAUCAGUCAGGCCUAUCAGAGGGCUGGAGACCUUGCCAAUCACCUGAUGUCCAACCACUCCAGAUUGUGGAGGCAGAUCUCGAUGAUGUAUUACCGAUUGGACAGCAUCCCAUUCAUGCCAGUUCAGCUCACUGAUCAGGUGACCAAGUUCUUGAGCCGGACAUGCACCCAAUGCGGUCAAGACCUCUCUGCGGGCCUGCUGUGCAGACAUAUUCAUGAGGCGGACGGCAUGCGUGCUGCCCUUCUCCAAGCAGCACCGGUAUUGUGCGUUCAUGUGGACAGGCUGAUUUCUGCACCAACCAGCCGGAUUGAGAAAAGCAGUUGCGCCUUCAAUUUGGAAUCAGACACACGUUUUCCAAUUUUCAGUGAUGCAUGUUUGCAAUGUGCCAAUGUCCAGUACAUUCUUGUUGCUGGCGCUGCGCACUUGGGCAUAGAUGCUGCAGGGCAUUACCAGGCAUUUCUCAGGAUGCGACCUGCUAUCCUGGAACCUGCACGGCCUGUGCAAUGGCUGAUCACCCAGGACAAUGUUCAAGCGUAUCCCAGCUGGGAGGUCCCUGACUUACUCAGUCGAAACCUCACUGUCGCUUGGUUUGUCCGAUCAGACUGCAUCUAUUUGCCUUUGCUCCAGCUGGCUCCACACAUUGCCACAGCUGACACUGAGCGCCCGGAUGCAAUGACCCAACUUUUGCAACUGCUCAGAGGGGUGCUGAUCAUGAUCGCCAGAAGUCUGGGGCCACCGGACUCCAUCGGCUUUCAAGCAUUGGAAGAUGGCAGACUAUUGCACGUACGUUUGCAUCAGACAAAGAGGGCCAUUGACAUCCUGGCGGUCUAUCAGCAUGUAGACCACAAGACCACCCAAUCCCGCAAACUGAGGGCCGACUUGUGGGCCAAACUGAAUGACUAUGUAGGACAGCUUCCACAGCGUAAUCAGUUCAUUUGCAGCGGCGAUUUCAACACAGCCCUGCCGGGCCUUGCUCCUUGGACGGGGACCGGCCACUUUCACUGGAAAGGGUCCAGAACAUGUGGAUCACAGCACGACGACAUGCAUCACUUUUUGGAUUUCCUGAGAAUGCAUUCUCUGACUGCACUCAACACCUGGAUGGAGACCACAGGAUGGCCCAACUUCAGGAUUCUGACCAAUGGAGGGCACUCACAUCGGCUGUUGACCAAGUCACUGAGGCCAUUUUUCGGACUUGGUACCAUUGGGGACGAUUCAUCUCUGCUCAGCGUGCCCAUCAGAAAGAGGUCGGUUCAUCACCAAAUGCGUUCUCCUCCCAUGUCGACGUUGCUGGGAGGAGUGCAGUUACUGCUUGACCUGACCCGUGUAGGCCUCAGACAAGGAUGUAAAAUUGCCCCCCUAUUGUGGCUGACCUACAUGAACAAACUGCUUUGGCUCCUCACGCCCUUGACCGGUGAAGAAUGGAUCAGACAAUGCUUGACAUUGUACGCGGACGAUUUGCAUGUAGGCUGCCAGUUUUUGACCGUUGGUGCACUGGACCACCAUUUGCGAUGCAUGGGCCAUUUGCUUGAUGGCAUUGAAAGACUCAAACUGCAGAUCUCCUUGCAAAAGUCCUAUUUGAUUUUUUCCCACACUGGCAGCAACGUGCGGCAUGCGCUCAAAGGCCGGCUGUGCUAUCUACAGCAUCAAGCACACCUGCUGCUACCGCGUUGCACUGGAGAAGCUACGGCGCUACCGCUGAAAACCAUGGGUCGAUAUCUGGGUGUGAUUGUUUCUUAUCAUGCUUUCGAACAACAGACGUGGCUUCAUCGCAAGAAGACAGCCUGGAUUGCAUAUGCUCGACUGAAACGCUGGCUCCGUCACAGACAGAUUCGACAAUCUCAUCGAGUAUAUCUCUGGCACACUUGUGUCCAUACAAUCCUUACAUAUGGCAUCUUCGGUACAGGAGUCACAGUACAGUCACUCACUGAUUAUCAGCUUACAAUAUUUCAAAUGAUUCGACUUCUGAUUGGUGACCACUCCUACAUGACAGGGAACACACACCAGAGGGCCAUACAGAAUCAAUCUCUUCCACUUCCCCUGCAGCUUCUGAAGCAUGGCGCCGAGAAGCUAUGGCUGAGACUUCAGAGGCGUGCUCUGCAGCUGGACUCGACAGAUUUUCUCCAGCAGGUGGAUUGGCAGCACCAUCACGACACAAUGCGUUUGAUUGAUCAGGUCCAUGGCAGCAUGCCGGAAGUCCCCAUCGAUGGAGACGCCUUGAUGAGGACGCCACAGGCAAAUGAGCCGCCUAGCACAGCUGCACCAGCCGCACCCGUGCUCAGUAGCAAUCGGGCCGAAAGAAACAGUUUCCAGGUCACAGCACAGCCAUUUUGGCCGGUCCUGAAACAGAUCAUCCAAGAGCAGUCAUGGCACCGACUACAGGAACAUCCUGACAUUGGCCAGUGUGAGCUGUGCCAAACCAGAUGCGAUGACCUUCAGAGCUUGCAUCGACAUUUGAAGGCUGAACAUGAUGUAACCGUCUUCGACUGGAACUUUGCCAGAGUUCGACAGAUGGCCAUGAUUUUCUACACCAGUGAAACAGAGAUGUUCAUACCACAGCAAUACAAUGAGCAAACCCUGAGACUCACUCAUCGUGCAUUGGCCAACCAUGCGCGUUUUCAGAUGCUGCUGAAUGUGGUAUUGGACAGAGAUUUCAGUCACCUGUGGCAUGCCCCGGCCCUCCUCCAAAUGUUCAGGCAUUGGUGCACUCUGUGUGGAGCUUGGUUCCCAACUGCAGCCCUGAUGACACAUCAGCUGAUUCAUCAUCACGAUGCUUGUACGUGGGCGGCCCAGCUCAAAUUUCAGCUGGUUCAAUGCAUGCAGAUGGAACAACAACAGGACUAUCAAUGCAAAUUCUGCAAGUUGUUUUUCAAUGACAGCACGGUUGAUCCUGACGCUGCGAGCCAGUACAUGCGGGAAAAAGACGAAGAGCCGCUGAACAAGAAGCUCAAACAGGAGCCCGUCGGCGUCGACAAGGCCGCAAUGCCACCCAGCCAGCAGAACAAAGCCCUGCUCACGCUGAUCCAUCAUCUGGCCAAGGUGGUCCUUCAACACGAUCGGGCAAUCCAGAUGGAUCGCAAACAGGACUCCUUCGUUAUCUUUGCCCAAGUCAGCGCGGAGGGAGCGCUCCCGUUGCUGACGUUGAAAGCCAAGGAAUGGAAGGACAUGACGGAGAAGACCACCACACUCCGCACCUACCUGCUGAAGCACCUGAUCCUGGAGAUACAACAGAGGGCCAUCAAGCUGUCCCAGAGCUCCCAGGGGACCCAGCUGUGGGACGUAGCAGUAUCCAAGGGGGUGAUCCUCCAGGACGGAUCAUGGCCGUUCCAACAAUGGUGCCACACGGAGAAGAAACUCACCAAGUCCCAUCGAGCGCCACUCCCGAUGAGCCGCAUCCUGAAGGAUCUGCAGUUCAUGGUGGAUCUCCUGACCGACAACGACCAUGUGAUGCGCUUCCACUCACUGAGGCCGCAAGCCAGUGGUGCCGUGGAUGCUACAGCUCAACAUGCGCGAGGACGAUCUUUGGAGACUCUUUCAUCAGCUGAGUCAGUCCACCCUAUGGGGACUCAUGGGCCUGAGCUUGAAGCAGCACAACCAACAAGUCAGCAAACCAGCGCAGCUGCUGGAACAGCUGACCAACACCCAGGGGACGGCACCCAAAGGACGCGGCAAGGGGAAGACGAAAACCAAGGCCAAAUAGCUUAUCAGUUGCGCGUGACCCUUCGACAGGAGGUUGCAAAGCUGACACUUGGCAACACGGGCCAUAUGUGCUAUGCCAACAGCGCCUUCACCUGCUUUUUGUGGUCGGCCCUGAGCAGACGCAAUUUCACCAUUACAGAUUGGGGACAUCAACAUGCUUUGUUUCGUGAGCUCCUGCUGACACCCAGGCCUCAGCCAUUGAAUUUGGAUGCUCAACCCUGGUUUCAAGGUAUUACCAUGAAUUGGGAUGACAACAGAGGCCAAGCUGACUCAGCGGAGUUCACAAGCAUGCUGUUGCAAUGGGUUGCACCAUCUUUUCUUAGCUGCCACUGGCAACGCAGACUGAUGGAAAAUGAUUGCGUGCGUGUUCAUGAUCACAGUGAUCGGUUCCAACCUCUCACAUUGCAAUUGGACCCAUCCCACAACACAGAUGGCAUUGCACGCUUGACUGACAUGCUGAGGCGGUGGCACAAUGACUUGGGCAUGUGUGCUGGCCUCAUGCACGCCCCAGAGGUCGUAUGCGUCCACGUGGACAGAUUCAUUUAUGAAGGACAUGGCAGGUUGCGCAAAACAGAUCUGCCGGUGUUCUUUGGAUGGACAGUGGACGUGCCCAUUUUUGUUGCUGAUGGCUUGGAGUGCACAUGGGAACCAUACCAAAUGACUGCUGCCUUCGCACACCAAGGGGAUGCUGCCACAGGCCAUUACCAGGCCCUGUUGCGCACACAGCCCAGUGUCAGACACCACAAUGCUGACACCUUUUGGCUGCACUGUGACGAUGACCGCCCACCCCGGCCAUGCUCCAUGCUCCCAAAUCAGUUCCAAGAAGUUGUGACAUGCAUUUGGCUAUGUCGACAAGAUGCCAUUGAUCUGCAUGCCUGGGAGGAAGACCUGCUGUCCACUCCACCAGGUUAUGCACACAACCCUGACCAGCUGCUGAAGCUUUUGCAGCAGUCCUGA